GGGCAGCGCCGGGCUGCAGUCGGGGCGCCGGGCGCGGAGCCGGGCAGGGCAGGGCCGGGCAUGGGGCGGCAGCCGCCGGCCGGGGCAGCCGGCCGGGCCAGCAGCGGGGCGCGCCGCCCGCCGCACUAAGCCGAGCCGCAGCCCAGCGGCCGCCUGCGGGGGCCGCCUCCUCUUCCUCCUUCUCGCCCCCGGUGCCCGCCCGCGUCCCCCCGGCGGCAGCAUGAGCGCGGCGCCCUGAGCUGCGGGGUCGGCGGAGCGGGGCUCGCCCCUACCCCCCCCACCCCAGCCCCAGCCCCUCAGCGGAGCGGGACCCGCCGCCACUUCCCUGGCUCCUCCCAUGGCAUGAGCCCGCGCUCUCCUCCUCCCCCCCCUCCCGCCGCCUGCUUUCGCUCUGUCUCCCUCCCCGGGCCGGCAGAUGGGAUAACGUGCCUCGCUGCCACCCCCCCGUGCCGGACCGGAGCGGGGGGCCCGGCCCCAGGUCAGCCGUGACCGCCGGUUCGGCUCGCCCGGAGGCCAAGAUGAACCCGCGGCGGGGCCGGCGGCCCCCGUCCGGCGGCUGCUCGGUGCUGCUGCUGCUGCUGUGGCACUGCUGGCUCUGGCCGGCCGGAGCCGACAACGCCAGCCAGGCGUACUACACCGCCCUCAUCAACGUGACGGUGCUGAGCCCCGAGCGGGGCGGCCCCACGCUGCUCAGGAUCGACCGCGGCCGCUACGGGCAGGAUUCCCCCAAGGUGGAGGUCAAGGGCCUGCUGGUGGCUCCCGUGCCCAUCAACGGAGUUGCAGAUCGCCUGGGCUGUGACCCUCGAACACGUUUCCAAGUUCCACCGAACACCAAGCAGUGGAUUGCUUUACUACAGCGAGGAAACUGUACAUUUAGAGAGAAAAUACUGCGAGCAGCUUCACAUAAUGCUACAGCUGUGGUCAUUUACAACAAUAUAUCCAGUGAAGAACCUGUCACGAUGACUCAUCAAGGAACUGGAGACAUUGUUGCUGUCAUGAUUACAGAAUCAAAGGUUAAGGAGAUCCUGAAUUAUUUGGAAAAGAACAUCUCUGUCCUGAUGGCAAUAGCAGUGGGAUCCCGUGUUCCUCCAAAAAACUUCAGUCGGGGCUCUCUAGUCUUUGUGUCAAUAUCUUUCAUUGUUUUGAUGAUCAUUUCUUCAGCAUGGUUAAUAUUUUACUUCAUCCAGAAGAUCAGGUACACAAGUGCACGUGAUAGGAAUCAGCGUCGUCUUGGAGAUGCUGCCAAGAAAGCCAUCGGUAAAUUGACGACCAGGACAGUAAAGAAGGGUGAUAAGGAAACAGACCCAGACUUUGAUCACUGUGCUGUCUGCAUCGAGAGUUACAAGCAGAACGAUGUUGUUCGCAUUUUACCGUGCAAGCAUGUUUUCCACAAAGCCUGUGUGGAUCCGUGGCUUAAUGAGCACUGUACAUGCCCGAUGUGUAAAUUGAACAUUUUGAAGGCCCUGGGAAUUGUGCCAAAUGUGCCGUGUACAGAUAACGUGGCCUUUGACAUGGAAAGGCUCACCAGAAGCCAGCCAGCUAACAGACGAUCAGCGCUGGGCGAUUUUGCCAACGACAGCUCUCUCAGCCUGGAGCCCCUGCGCACCUCUGGGAUGUCACAGCUUCCACAGGACGGAGAGCUAACUCCAAGGUCAGGAGAGAUCAACAUUGCUGUGACAAAAGAAUGGUUUAUUAUUGCCAGUUUUGGCCUCCUCAGUGCCCUAACACUCUGCUACAUGAUCAUCAAAGCCACAGCUAGCUUGAAUGCUAAUGAAGCAGAAUGGUAUUGAAGAAAUGCUUUCCGGACGAUUGCCUUGGAGAGAGACACCUAUUUUUAUGCAUCAUUUAUCGAUCAUGCAGCACAAGCAUUUAUUUAGUACAUUCUAUUUUUUCAUAAAAUUUGCUGAUGCCAAAGCUUUGUAUUAAGGAAAAAAAGUGAAGAAAUAAAUGAACUUUAAUUAUGAAA